AUGUACGACACCACGACCAAACAAGCUAUUGAGCUCCUGGGAGGGGGCGCCAUUUGUAGGGCCACUGGGGACGCCACCGCCGCUGGGAGAGCCCCAUGGGCCGCCACUGUCCUUGGUAGGGCCCCUGAUGGUGCCGCUGUCCCUGUCAGGGCCCCUGUUGGCACCACUGUACCUGAGAGGGCUCCUGAGAGAGCCACCACCCCUGAGAGCUUUCCUGGGGGCACCAAAGCCCCUGGAAGCUCCCCUGGGAACACUGCAGUCACUGGGAGGCCCUGUGGACGCAUCACCGCCCAUGGCAGGACCCCUGGAGAUACCACUGGCUCUUGGAGGUCCCCUGGAGGCGCCACCGCCCCUGUCAGGGCCCUUGGAGGCACCUCUGUCAUAGGCAGGGUACCUAGGGUGCCAAUGCCCUUGGGCAGGCCAUUGGGGGCGCCACCAUCCUUGGGAGGGCCCCUGGAAGUUCCGCCGUCACUGGGAGGGCUGCUGGAGUCCCCGACACCCCUUGGAGGGUCCGUGGAAGCCACGAUGCAUCUGGGAGGGCCCCUGGGGCACUGCACCUGGGAUUCUGGUGGCACCGUUGUUCCUGUGAGGGUCCCUGUUGGCGCCACUGCACCUCAGAAGGCCUCUGGGGGCAGCACCGUCUCUGACAGGGCCCUUGGUGAUGUCACUGCCCCUGGCAAGACCACUGUGGAUGCCACCGCAUCUGGGAGGUGCCCUGGGGGCGACGCUGUCCACGAGAGAGUCCCUAGAGACGCCAUCCCCCCUGGGAGGGCCCCUGGAGGCAUGACUACUCUUGGGAGGGCCCCUGGAUUGCCACUGUGGACGUCACUGCCCCUACGAGGGUUAUGGGGGGCGCCACCGCUUUAA